CCUGAGGGACAAGGCAGGUGCUGCCUUGUCCCUCAGGUUCACUGCUCUCCUCUACUUCCACGUCCUCUUCCACGUCCUCUUCCUCGUCCAGUCCCUCCACAUCAUUCUCUCUUUCAACAAUCUGUAAAAGAAAAAUAAUAUAUAUAAUAAUAUAUCAAUACAAAUGACACAUUAUUAAUCGCCUGCACCGUGCUGCACAAUGUCCUACGUGACCAGUGUGGUGAUGGCUACACCCAGCUUCCCAGCGAGCGGGAUGGCCCCUGGUGAACAUGGUCCAACCCUUGCCCAGGCUGCACUACCAAGCAGCACAAACACCACUCUGCAGGCUAAGAGGAACAGAGAAAUCCUCUGCAAUUACAUGUGCUCAGACGCUGGUGCUGUAGCAUGGCAGUGGGACAAAAUUUAAUCAUGUGUGUGGGUGUAAUUAAUAAUCAAGCUGUAUUAUAUUCAAUUGUUUUAUAUUUCAUAUUCCAGCACAGAUCAAUUGUAUAUAGUUGUAUGUAGCCUAUUCUAUUAUCCAUCUCCAAGUAGUAGUUGAGCCGAUUGUAAACAAAGACAGAUAAAACUGAAAUUUAACUAACAGGAAAUGCAAUGUAUCCAACAACGGGUAAUUUAAACAAACUGUAAACUCCAGCUAUUUACUCCAAUGCAGAUGUAGUGAAGAAUGACAAGACACAGUAACUCUAGCCUACUCUUGAUACCUAGGCCCAUAUAUGCUUUAAUGUUAAUUAAUAUGUGUGAUAAGUUUUACUUUAAAUAAAUACCUUUAUUAAAGAGAGCCUCCUUGUUACCCAGUCCUGCCUGCCAGUUCUCCCACCGGCACUCCCCGAAGCUGGUGCCUUGCUGUACCUGUUGUACUGUGUCCGGAGGGAGUGGAUUUUCUUGCCCCCCUCUUUUUCUGAAAAAGACAGUAGCCUAAUGUUAGCGAAAAAACAUCGCACAUUUUAAACUAAAGUCUAUUUUACAAUCACCUUUGACCCCACAAAGCAUUAGCGGAUGGAGUAGGCCUAUUACCAGCAGUAAAUAUUUAUUUAUUAAGCCUACCUGCUUUCCAAUAGGCAUUUUUAGCCCCUUGUUUUUACACAGGAAACAUACAUAUAGAAAAAAUAUAAAGAUACUGAGAUACCGUUGGGAACCGUUGGUCCCGUUAAAAUAACUGUAAAUCAGCUCGAGCCUAAAGUUAUCUACAAUCGUUAUCUACAAUCGUUCUUCAGAAACAAAGAUAAAUACCGUUAGCAUCUACAACUUGCAUUUAAUAAGCCUAUAUAUUAGGCCUACAGCCUAAGCUAUGCCUUUAUGAAACGAAAAUAAAAACAGGAAACAAGGAAAGGAAAAAGUAACAGAAAAGAAAAACAAAGUAUUGCCUCCUUACCGGAUACACUAAUUGCCACCGCAAUUUCACAACACGCUCUCCUCUUGCUGUCCCUGUUGCUGUACCCCUUGCUGCCAACGUCGUAUAGGACAGGUUGAUCCUCCAGCAACCAAAUUAAUUUCUCCUCCCUCUCCUCGGACCAGAAGUCUGCCAUCUUCGGAUCUUUUUAUGCUGGAGUGGACAGUACGGUACCGGGACGGAGUAAGGCCGUGACGUACAAGUUGUUCUGUGCUGUGAUUGGCUGAAGAGGAAUAGUUAAAUCGCCGCGUUCUAAAACUGGACCUUGCGAUUUGACAUGUUCAAUCUCUGGCGACUCCUUGCAACUCCUUGCGACGCCUUGCAACUCCUUGCAACGGCUUGCAACGACCUGUUCACACCGCCCCUGCGACGUUCUAAAACCGUCUCGUUGCAAGGUGAAUCUUUGGUCUGAACUGGGCUUAAGGAUGAAAUAGAGUGGGUGACACUGAAAUUUGAAUUAAUAGUCCUUUCUCGGGUAUUUGGCUCAUUUUUUUUCACCUUUCAUUGCCUGCACUAAAGAGAAUAAAAGAGCGCAUCCUCAUUGUUUGAUUGUGGUCGUAGGUGUUGUUGUUGGUGCUGAGUUACCACUGAAAUCAGUGGGUCAGUGGGUGGGAUCGGUCGUCAAGAUGGCGGCGCAAAGCUACAGUGACGUCACGUGAACCUUAUGAAUAGGUAACCGCGGAGAGAACCGGGCUUAAGAACCGGGGCUUGAAGCUCACAAUAUUGUCCCUCACACGCGUUAGAUACAAUUCCCUCCCUUAAGCUUCAUAGUUACCAUACCGAAACAUGCCUACUUUAACAAAUAAAGUGAGUUAAAAGCGACAAAGGAUUGGACCACUUUCUUCCAGAAAUAACGCAAUAGUAGUAACAAAUAUUGUGGAGGUAGUAAAAAAGGUAGUAAAUUCACUCUAUUGUUACGUAUUUUAAGCACAUAAGCUGUCCCCACAUAGCCACUAGGAAGCAGGAUCGAACGCAUAAACUGCAAUAACUACUCCAGCCACAGAUGGCAGCACCUUUAGACAGGUGAGGAUGGCGAAGCCAUUACUUCACACCGGUCACGCCCACUUCACAUAGGCCACGCCCACUUGACGAUCACAGCACGGAAUUCAGAUUGAGAGGCCAGAAUCAAUAGGUAGCCCCGCCGAGAGGACCGGGCCUAUGCCCGGGACUCGAAGUAGUGCACGAUAUUAGAUACAAUUCUCUCCCUUAUGCUUCAUAGUUACCAUACCGAAAUAAGCCUACUUUAACAAAUAAAGUGAGUUAAAAGCGAUCAAGGAUUGGACUACUUUCUUAAAGAAAAAACGCAACACUAUGAUUCCUGCAUAUACCCUGUAACAGUACAUUUUGUUGUGUGUGGACGCCACCCAGACGAGAAUUCCCAAUUUUUUUAAUUUCAGAAUGUUGUUCCCCACUCUGGGGAAUAUACAAAAAAAUGAAGUACUCGAGAAGCAAAGGUGAGCAGUUUAUUAAUUGUUCUAAUGACAUCAGGAUGUCAGGAGCAACGAAAGCAGCAGACCCAGACCUAGUACUGAAGUGAAAUGAAAAUUGAGUGGAAGUAGGUAGGUGGGCGGUGCCAGGCUAGCUCAGAGUCACUGUCGUAUCCAUCCCAGUCACUCUGGAAGUUGUUCGAUUUCAGCUUAUUUCUAAACUGUUCGGACAGACUCUGCGUUGACUGGAACCAUACUGGUUCCAGUCAAAACUUGAGCAUAACAGUCUCUUGCAUGCUUCAUCAUGGUGGUGACUGUUUGCUUCUUUUUCAAAGUUAAGCUGAGGAGACCCUUGAUCCCUUCUUCAUUUAGUCCCCACAGCUCACCUUAUGGGAGUAAAACAAAAAAGAUAACGGCUACAUUAAAAAUCUCCGGAAAAACACUGUACAAUAUAGUAUUCCAACAUAUUAAUCAGUCCCUCCAGAAACAUGUGGCGUUUUUUAUGUGAUUGUUGCGGCCAAAAAUCCUUGAUUAUGCGGCACUUUUUCUUAAAAAAUGCGAUGAAAUAUGCGGCAUAUUUAUGCAAUGAAAUUGCGUGAACUUGCAAAAAAUUGCGGGAACUUGCAAAAAAUGCAGCUUUUCGAUGACGUUCACGUCGCUUAAUUACGUCACUUAAUAAUGUUUCCAUGGCAAUAGGGAAAUGGCUGCUAUUGUGUGAAGUAAACGCAACAUUUUUCAACUUUCUGCUAAGAUAUGACUUUUUUGCAAUGAAAAUGUGGGGAUUAUGAAAUCAUGCAAGCCCCGCAUAUUUUGCGCGGAAAUCAGCAAUUGAUGCAGUGAAAGUGUGGCAUAUUUGAAAAUGUGGCCCACGCAUGAAUAUGCAGACUUUGGCUGAUAAUGCGUUGAAUUGUGUGAUCGCAUAAUCGCGUAUUUCUGGAGGGACUGAUUAAUUAAAUACUGACUUUUCAAUGGCUCCCUGUGUUACGUAUUUUAAGCACAUAAGCUGCCCCCACAUAGCCACUAGGAAGCAGGAUCGAACACACGAGCUGCAUUACCCUCACAUAGCCACUAGGAAGCAGGAUCGAACACUUAAGCUGCAAUAACUACUCCAGCCACAGAUGGCAGCACCUUCAGACAGGGGCGGAGCCAUUACGUCACAUAGGCCACGCCCACUUGACGGGGAAAAGCGUGUGUUUGAAGUGGAGAGGACAGAGAAUAUAGGUAACCGCGGAGAGAACCGGGCUUAAGCCCGCGAUAUUGUCCCUCACAUGCGUUGGAUACAAUUCCCUCCCUUAAGCUUCAUAGUUACCAUACCGAAACAUGCCUACUUUAACAAAUAAAGUGAGUUAAAAGCGACCAAGGAUUGGACCACUUUCUUCCAGAAAUAACACAAUAUUGUAAAAAGUAAAGUUAUGCGCAACUACUGAAAAUAUGGUAACGAAACAUAGUUCCUUUUUCAAUUUGGUGCCACGUUACUUUUCCCAGGGACAGAUUUGACAGCGCUACUGCCUUCUCAGGCAGUAUGCUAUUGCGCAAGCACGCAGGCGCGCGCCUGCGCAAUAGUCCCUUCUCAAGCUCUCAUUCCACACCGACCGUACGAGACAGACGCUGGUAGCAUGAAGCUGUCUCUGCAAUCAGACAUUGCUUCCGCCGGCAUUUUGAAAGCCAGUCCUUACGUCAAAAUACCAGCAGUGGAACGAGAUAACAACGCUGUCACUGUUUACCUGUCUAAAAACAUGGUUCCCUUUCAAAAUGUCGAGAGAAAGGGCUUUAAAGAGAUGGUCAAUACACUCGAUCCCAGGUACGCGUUACAUGCCCGCACACACUUCAGCCAAAUUGAGAUUCCAGAACUAUACGGCAAGGUCCGCAAGCAAGUGGUGAAACUAAUCCAUACUAUUAAACUAGUGUUCAGAGGCAUUUAUAUCGAAAUUAGAAGAUAAAAUUAACAUACCAUGAGAUAAUACCGUUACCGUCAUACCGUGAUAUAAAUUUUAGUCCAUACCGUACAGCCCUAAUUUGAGAACUAUCUUGUUAAAUUCGAGGUAAGUCAAGCUUUUUGGAGGAAGAACAGCAGCUAUUUGUUUGCUUGAAUCACGUUAGCUACCGCUUUUUUGAUGUGAUAUAAUUUACAAUAAUAUUGUAUUUUUAGGACCGAGUCAACGCUGAGUACUGCACGAAUGUAGACCUUGCAUAUAGUUAGAUUGACAGCCAAUUGCACGAACGAAAACUGAGCGAGAAGGGUUUACAGCAUUAAAGUUCUUGUGUUGAAUAUUAAAGUUUCAGUACGUUAUAUUUUGAUAAUAAAGGUCCUUACAGUUUUUUCAUUACUUGACUAUUGUAUCGCUAUGCUAUCUAUUCCUUGUUUACAUUGCUGGCCAUGACCGAUCACGUAGAACGUCAACGGUUGACGCUGCUGACUGGCUACUGUAGUCAUGAUGCCACAUGACAGCUAAAGAUUUAACCAUUUAACUCCCUCUCUGACUAAUAUUGAGUAAACUAACCAUGGAUAAAUCCAAGAAAAGAAAAGUGGCAGAGGAAAAUCGAGAUUUUAAUUCAGCGUGGACAGAUUAAUUUGCUUUCAGUACUACUGAUGCAGGCUUACCUAUAUGCUUGAUAUGUGGCGAGAAAUUAGCCAAUAACAAAAAAUGUAAUGUUGAAAGACAUUUCCAGAACAAACACUAAAGUACCAAGCAGGAGAUGAAAGGAAAAGAGCGAUUUCGGAACUGCUGCGGAAAGGUGAGCAGAGUAAAAUUACUUUCAAGAAAUGGAUCAAGUCUCCAAAUUCAACAACUGCUGCUAGUUUUGCGGCAGCUCAGGAGAUCGUCAGGUGCGGAAAGCCAUUCACAGAUGGAGAAUACUUGAAAGAGACAAUCAUUAAAAUAUCAGAACAUCUAUUCUCAGACUUUAAAAACAAAACUGAAAUUGUUCAGAAAAUUAAAGAUAUGCCUCUCUCUGCAAAAACCGUAAAGGACAGGACCAUUAAGAUGUCAGAAAACAUCACCAGUCAACAAAUUAACGACAUAAAUUCAGCUCCAGCAUUCUCCAUCGCCUGUGAUGAGUCCAGUGAUGUGAACGACAUUGAACAACUAGCGCUGUUAUGCAAAUACGUGAACUCUGACGGGCCGCAGGAAGAAAUUAUUGAGUUGAUACCGCUAAAAGGCCAAACACGGGGGGAGGACAUUUGUGAGGCUGUGGUGAAUUGUUUAAAAGCCAAAGAAAUAAAUACCACCAACAUGGUGUCAGUGGCUACUGAUGGGGCACCUAGUAUGAGAGGAACACAGAAGGGGUUUAUUACUUUACUUCAGAAGUCGCUGGGUCGAGAGCUGCUGACGUUUCACUGCAUCCUGAACCAAGAAGCACUGUGCGCUCAAACAUUUCCCCCCGAAUGCAAAGAGGUGACGGACCUUGUCAUUCAGAUAGUCAACAAAAUAAUGGCAAAAGGGUUAAACCACCGACAGUUCUGUUCAUUGUUAGAUGAAGUCGACAGCGCAUAUUCGGAUCUCCUGCUGCAUAACAAAGUCCGGUGGCUGUCCAGGGGAGAAGUGCUUAAACGGUUUGCGGCUUGUCUGGAACAAGUGAAAACUUUCCUGGAAAGUAAGGGCCUCACCUAUCCAGAACUGGAACACCCAGAUUGGCUGGAAAAGCUGCACUUCAUGGUGGAUAUGACAGGUCACCUUAACAUGCUGAACAGAAGUCUCCAGGGAAAAGGAAGCACUGCCCUUCAGCUGCUGGAGUAUGUUUUGGCGUUCGAGCGCAAGAUGACAGUGUUUGCCAGAGAUGUGGAGGAAGGUACGUUCUCUCACUUCCCCUCCCUGAGAGAGUUCAAAACGUCACACAACAACAUCAAUUGUGAGUACUUGCAGCACACGAUCAUUGCAAUGCAAACUGCAUUUGGACAAAGAUUCAGUGAGUUCAGAAAGGAAAAAAGCACAUUAUCCUUCCCCGUCACACCCCUGGACAUCGACCCGUCCAUGCUGAACAUGUCAACAUUCACUUUCGUGAGUCAACCCGAUCUUGAAAUUGAACUGGCUGACAUAGCUGACAAAGAGGUAUGGGUGUCCAAGUUCAAAAGUCUGACAGCUGAUCUCGAAGACGUCGCCCGUCAGAAGGCUAUUCUCGCUCGAGAACACAAAUGGAGCGAAAUAGAAAACCUUCCCAAACCCGACAAACUUGUGUUUGAGACAUGGAAUGCAAUUCCCGAAACUUAUCACAACAUCAAGAAGUAUGCCUUUGGAGUCCUGUCCAUCUUUGGAUCCACAUACUUAUGCGAGCAAAUAUUUUCUAACAUGAACUAUGUCAAAUCAAAAUAUCGCUCACGCCUCACAGAUGUCAGCCUGCAAUCCUGCGUUAAGAUGAAGGUCACGUCCUACAGCCCCGACAUAGAAAAGCUCAGCAGUGAUGUUCAGAAACAGAAAUCACAUUAAACAGAUUCGAUGGUUUAUUGCUGUGGCCGAGGAAAAAUCAAGAGGAUGACAACAAACCUAUGUUUACCUGUUUAGGUGUUCUUCAUGUUUAGACUUAUUAUACUCGUUCUAUAUGUUUGAUUUAUUUCAGUUAUUUCUCCUCUUCAUAAGAGUUUGAGGUUUUCCUGUUAGAACAGCAAUAAAAUGUUCUUCAACAUCUUUCUCUUUGUUGUUUUAUAAUUUCAUGAAUGCAACGAACUAUGUUAUUUUUUUACAGUGUCACAAAAAAUGUCUGUGCGGUGCGCAGCGUUAGCGUCUCCGGAGGGGGGAGGGGUUGAAUUAAAAAGUUUGCGGCUCCAAAAAAUUUUUUUUUGCGGGAGAUGGGCCAAAAAUGGCUCUUUUGAUACAAAAGGUUGCCGACCCCUGUCCUAGGCUGAUACCAACAGCAAAUUUUUGUAUAAUAAAGGGCUACAUUUUUAAUCGAAAUCUGUCCAUUGUAUUGUGUUCUACAACCUCCGUAAUGAAUAUUCACACUAAAUCCCGCCCAGGGUAGCUCAGAAUUCGAGUAGCCGUAUAUCUCGAAACACCGAACAGUCCUUGGACCGAUGACUUCCCCCCCUCCCCGGCAAACAGGCAUGACAUCUCGUUGAGCGUGUCUGCACGAGUGGAGAGAGAUUUCCAAUGCUUUGCCAUCUCGGCACUAACAAUCUUCCUCUACUCAAGUCUCCUUAUUGCCAUCACAACAUCGAAUGUCUUCCUCUUUGUUUUCAAAUCUACAGUGUCUGGGAUACAGGUGUGGAAAAUAAGCCAAAGUAUGAUUAUUUUUCAAAGAAUUUCUGAGAUCAUCUGAAAUAAGGCAUAUUUGGCUCUGUGCUACUAUGUGAAUCAUAUGAAAUGGGCAACUGAUUUGUGUAUAUACCACCAUGUGAAAGUUGCCAUGGCCAAACUGUCUUGCCAGAGAGAAUGCUGUCAAAGACGAUUCUUUCUGUAUCUGGAACCCUGCUGUUGUAUUUGUAAACAACAGAGCUAAGAAUGGCCUUCUCCUCUCAGAUUUUGCGCCGAAUCCGGGCCCGACCUUUGCUGCCAUCGGCGUCUUUGUAAAGGCGCUGGGACCUUGUUUUAAUGCUGGCCACCAGCACCUCCAUUCUACUAAUCACCGCGUCAAAAUCGGCAUUCUUUUGGGACGUUGUUGCUGAAGUGUAAACAUUUCCCUUACUUUUUCAAGGUACUAACUUAAAUGAGCUAAGUCUCAAUGUAACACAGAAGGCCACAGGGAAGUCAUAAGGAUUCUGCUAUUUUUCUGCAGAACUGACACAUUGAUCAGUAAUAGUAUAACUCUCACCUUCUGCCCACUCCUUUAUAUCAGUGACCCAGCCCUCAACUUCAGCCUGUGUCACUGCCAGUUGGAUUCUCAUGAGCUCCAGGUCCUGAAGCUGGCUUUCCAGGCCUUUUGUGGCCUUUAAAUAACAAAAGACGAGAACAAAAAAUAAAAGUUAUCCCUACACAAAUAUACAAUAGAAGGCAUCUAGAAUAUAAGCAAAAAAAAUGACUCAUGUCUACCUUCUGAUAUCGGCGGGUAAGUGAAGUAGCCAAGUAAUUAAACUUUUGCUGAUUCCAGCGCAUGGCUAUCAGCGUAAGCAUGUCUGUACGUCCUGCAAAAAGUAAACUCAUCUGUGUUGUACUACAUGUCCCUCACCUGCCGUCUUGUGCCUUUUUCUCAUGAACAGAACAAAUUAUUAGCAGAGAGUUGACAUUGAGGGAGAAGAGUAAUCAAGUAGCUUGGUACGGUGUUGCAUGACCGUAGCCAAAUGGCGCAGGGCAGGAGAGUGGUACAAGUCAGUGUCUCGAGACAUUUGGCGUAAAGUCUGAAAAUGUGUGAACUCAACAAAGCUCAACAUCAUUAUAAGAAUCUGGAGGUACAGUAAUUUGAGCGCUUUUGUUAACAGGGUGAGAAGGUGGAGAUUUGCAGCUGCUACACUUUCCUUAUCACACUUUCAAUCUAAGUAGUGCAGUGUGUGGUUAACUUACCUGCUUUGGACAUAUGUUUUGUGGUCACAGCAAUCCUAGAGAGGAACUGCUCAACCUCCUCCCCAAGUGUCAAUCCGGCCCCUUGCUGGUAAGCUCCACUCGAUUUAACAUAUUAAAGAAAAUAUUUAUAAGCUGCCAACAUACCUUUGCAGGUGUUCAGGGACAGUCAAUGAGAUGGUUAAGUUUUCUUACCACGCAUUUAAAGUCAUGGGCUUGAAACACUGACAGGAAUGCCUUCAUGCAAAGAAGGUGCUGGAGCUCCGGGCAGCUUUUUGCCACUUUGAUGAGGUAGGGCCAGUACUUGCAGGUUACAUUCAUGGCAAAAAAGGUUAUUGACUCAUUUGCCAGCUUGUUCUGCAGGUAGAGGGGAUAAGCAUCAAUUUCUCCCUUGAACAUUUUGAGAGCGGAGAGAAAAACUCCAUGUCGACACCCCGCAAGCUCAAGUCCCUCCUCAUAAUUUUACUUGAGGUUCUCUGAGGUGUUUCCCUGGCUGCUGACCACUCCCCUCCACAGACACCUCUUCCAGAGACCUACAACAUGGAAAACGGUUGAUAUAAAUGGUCAGGACUCACCCAAACAAUGUCAACUCUAGGAUGUUAUUGGUUGUGUUUUUAGAAAUAUUAAAGAAGUUUACAUGGUUGGUGGUAGGAUGAAUGUAAUCCACAAAUCUCUCUACUUCUUCAUCUUUUGCAAUUAAGAUGCAAAGGCUUGCUCUUCAGAUCUAAAUGAAAGAGGUACACACUGACCUUCAAUAUGACACAGCAAAGGUUACUUUAACAACACUGGAAAUUACACACACUUUGUUAGUACCUUGCUGCAUGUUUUUAUUUUUUUUAUUUUCUGGCAAUUUUCUAGUUGGUAAUAAACAAUUAUCCAUUGUAUUUGAUGUUGUAGGGUAUCACAAAAAAUAAAUUUAAUAAGAAAAGUAGGCGAUAUUUUAGCGGUUAGCAACAGGUCAGCGAUGAUUCUUAUUUCUCCCACAAUGCAUUGCAUGACGUCAGAUGAAAUACUCCGCUUUGGGACGACACAGCCGAAACCGUUAGUGAGAGAGUGACAGUGUCAGAUUAUAUAAGUAAAUACAUAGAUAGAGAUAGCCUAGAUAUAUAUAUAGAUAGAUAGAUAGAAUAGCAUAACAUAACAUAACAUAGAUAGAUAGUGAGGGAUAACAUAACAUAGAUAGCUGAUAGAUAGAGAGAGUAGAUAUAUAAAUAGAUAAAAUGGUUUACUACUGUAUUUGUGGCGGGUGCAAAAGUGGACAUAGGAUCCAUUGCUUCCCCAAGGAUAAAGGGAUCUUCCGAAGCUGGGUGCUUCGGAAGCACAGAGCUAGCUUAUUUUUCAGCUAGCUCUGUUACGCAUAAUCAAGAAUAUGCAGCGCGCAUUUCAAGGAGAAGGAUUACCACUCAGGGGAUGCCAAGAUGGUCUCACUUGGUUUAAAGAGUGAGAGGAUGGUGAAGUUAAUUCCUACCGCCUUGCCGUCUGUGCAUGCAAACCACUCUGCCUGCCCUGUCCCGAGGUCGAGAGACACCGUCUGCCGCAAGCGAGAGAUUGCCACGGUAAGCAUCAUGCUAUAGCUGCUAAUUACAAGCUCUGCGUUAGCUAGCUCUGUGUGUAUUUUGCAUACCGUGUUCCCAUUGACACAGCCUCCACUACAAGCAUGAUCAGUCUGACAUUAGAAGAGCAUAUUUCGUGAUUCACGAAUAUAAGCCAAAACAAAAUUGCCCUGAAGUAAAUGUCCAUAUCGUCAUGAAAGCUUCACGGCUAGUGUUUGGAUCAGUGAUCGUCAUCAUCAAGCGGCAUUCACAACAGUGUGUUUGCGUUUUGUGUUAGUGCUAGACUGCUACGGUUCUCUUUCACAUAUAUUUGACCGUGACCGUGUCGCCAGGGCUGUAGUGGAGGCUAAACGCAAGUAAACGCAGUUUACCCACCUCUGAAAUUUCAGAAACAGAGUUUAUCCACUUCUCACUUCAGAGUUUAGCUACCUCCCAAUACAGUAAAUGCACUACCCUUGGUUGCGAAUUACUGAUCUAAGUAUUCAUAGUUUACCCACCUCUUAUUUCACCACUACACCCUUGCAUUUCUUUUUUAUAUACUUAUAUAUACUAUACUUUAUACUUAAAUACUUUUUUAUUUUGUUUUCGCAAGACGUUGACAGACGCCUCACAGCAGGUGACCGUGGACAGUGUAGACAGUGUAGACUUCUCCCUUGAGGCUUACCACUCCCUCAUCUUGCACUUCACGCCCAAGCACACAGGGUU